CUCAAUGAUAGAGAGCCACUCACGACUCACAAGCAAUCGUUUAUCACCGGUACCUGUAGGCUAUAUACUGAUAUACGCUUGCUGGUAGUGCAUUAAAGGUCAUCUUGGGAAUUUGAAAUCGGUGUUUCUAAUUCCACCUUUUGAGAAAUAAUCAUGCCCAGGCCAUCGACUUAUAAAGUUCCUCUACCUGCAUUCAAAGGCAGGGUAGGAUUUCAGAUUCAUAAAGUUCCAAGAGAUGAUUUUUUUGAUAAUCCAGCCGUGAAAUUCCCAAUUUAUAAUCGAUUGCCAGAAACCUGGAGAAAAGAGUUUGAGAAGAAACCACCGCUUAUUAACCAGAAGCUUCCUGAGGCCACAAAAAGACCUCAUCAUAAAGGACUUUGGUUCAGGAAUCAGAGCGGACAACCUGAAAUUCAAAGCGCUGCGAGGGUCGAGGCAAGGUACACAAAAGAAGUUUUGGAAGGGCUGUGGGGAGGAGAGGGAAUCGUGCAAGGGCGCAAAUAUCCACCAAAAAUGAGAUAUUGGACACGGCUUGCGCUUGGGUCUAAAAGAGAAUGGCGACCUCAUACAUUUGAGAAAUCAUUUCACAGUCAAAUACUCAAUAAAAAAAUCAAAACAACUGUUACUCCAAGGACACUGGAUCUAAUUGAUGCUGCAUAUGGGUUUGACCAUUAUAUUCUGAAGACCCCAAUAAAUGAACUAUGUUCAAAUUUGGGUGGACAACUGAAACGGGAUAUGCUGCUUCAAUUAUGCAAUAAAGACCAGAUGUAUCCUUAUGACGCAGAUGAACGAGAAAAAAUUUAUAACGAAUUUAAAAAAUAUAUUAUCCCGGCAGAUGAAGCAGAAUGGGUGGGACUUACUCUUGAACAAGCAAUGUGGAAACAAUGGUACGAAGAAAAACAAUCUGGAGCUCAUGAUUCUGUUCCAUUAUUAGAUAUUUAUACACAAGAACUGAAAGAAAAAUUAAAAAUCGAGGGCUCUGACGUUGAUGGAGGUAAAGGAGAGCCAGAUACACCAAGUGACAGUGUCGUUAUUUUUAAUGCUCCUCAAAAGGCUAAAAAUUAGAUGACAUAAUUUAUUUUUUGCCCUGCUAUGGUACAAAAAAUAAUAACACGCAGAGACGAACACAUGAGGGAGACAUUUAGAAAAGUUGCCAAAAUUUUGGAUGAGGUUCGAAGGUAAACGUGCGACAUAAAAUUCCUCAUUGGUAACUGGGCUGGUAAGUAUUGUUACCUCCCGCGCUAACUAAGCCGAUCAGUAAUUUAUUUUUCCACCGAUACUGAAAGGACCAUGGACAUUGGAAAUACAUUUUUCAUAAAACCCAAACAGACCAACAGAAAUUUGUACCGAUAUCAAAACCAACUGUAACAACGGAGGCUGCAAACGUACACGCCCACAGAAUUCUAAUCAUGUGACCAACUCUUAUUUCUUCAACUUCGAUAGCUGAUAUUUCCUUUUCCAAUAUGCUAAAAUUCGAAAGAAACUGUUAACAGUUGACAACGAUGCAAAGAAAAGUCUGUAUUAUUUAAAUCCCGAUCUUUCAUUGUCCAUAUCCCUAAAUAGCAUGUUUUCUCUCAUUCUGAAGUUUGUUGAAUGUUUAGCAGUAUUUGAACUGUCUUCUUAUAAACUUUUCCUAACAUUUGAAUUAACUGGAUUAAGCUUUUAACUGUGAAUUUGUUGGUGGAAA